GUCAGGUCAGAGAACAGGACAAUGGUACAAGUAAUGUACAGAGAUUGGUAUACAUUGUUAAUAAGAAUGCUGAUAUAUAUUUUCCCAGCUCAUGUCACGUUUCCAAACAUUCCAUGUGAUAUCCAAUGCCGUUGUUGGGAGAAUCUUCACACAAAUUAUUCCGUUUGUUCUGGUAGUAACUUGACAAAAAUACUAAACAUUCCUGCUGAUACAAAUGUUCUGAAUUUGAAUCGUAACGCCAUUAUGCGUAUACGUAGCAGAGCUUUCCAAAAUUUGAACCGUCUUACAGACUUGGAUAUCAGCAAGAACAGAUUGAAACAUUUAGAAAAGGAAUCAUUUUAUGGUCUCGGUAAUUUGAAAACACUAUGCUUACAGAACAAUUUUUUAUCAUACAAGUCAACCUUUCCAAAAGGCAUUUUCAAACCGUUACAAUCCUUGAUUUACCUGAAUAUUAAGUUUAAUGCAAACUCCAGUGAACCAGAUAAUUUUUCAGAUGAAACGAUAUCGGACCUUGUAAGUUUGGAAAAUUUGGAAUUGGAUAUUGCUGACAAGAGUUCGUGGCAUGAGCCUUUUUUGUCACAGUUUUCUACUCUAAAACAUUUAAAAAAAUUGACGAGAGGAUUGUGCGAGUUGUGGGCACUUAGACGGAGAACAUUUAUAAACGUCAUUCGUUUACAGUACUUAGACUUGUCAACAUGUCCUAUACAAUUAAUCUACAACGGUUUUUUGUCAAAAUUAAGUAAUCUGAGACACUUUGACGUUUCAAACAUUGUCUUGUUUAUAGACGAAUACCUUCUACUAUUCAACGAAGUAGCAUCAAUACAAAUACAACAGCUGGUUAUGGCAAACACAUCUGAUUGUGUAAUAUCAAAUUUCCCAGUCUCUGUAUUUAAACUUUUGAAUAAUACAGGUCUAGAAGAAUUUUAUCUCAACAAUAAUGUGUUUUCAGAUGCGUCAGGAAACCAAUGUGAAGACGUACUACCUGCUUCCGUCAGACUUUUGGAUUUUUCUUCCAACAGACUAAUGAAGUUUUGUUUCCACAUGCCAUUUUUGAAAAAUCUUUAUUUACAAAAUAAUUCUUUGGGAUCUUUUCUUAGAUUUAAUCCGUUUAUGCGAUCCACAACUUCACAGUUAGAAUCUGUUGAUUUGUCUUUUAAUAAUAUUUACGGACUGAAAUUUUCUAUAUUUCAAGGACAUACACAAUUACAAACGCUCAAUCUUAGCAACAACAAUUUACACAAUAUAGAUUUCGACAUUUCGAAAAUGAAAGUUUUGAAACAACUAGAUUUGUCAAAUAACUUUAUCGGAACAUUUAGUCAAGACAACAUGGACACUUUUACCAACAUGUUUAAAGUAUCUAGUUUACGAAUAGAUUUAGGAUACAAUGUGUUGCGAUGUGGUUGUUUAUCUACUCACUUUUUACGAUGGAUGUUGAAUAACAAUAACCAUUUCCAUAAUAGUAUUGUAUAUACUUGCAAAUUUGAAAAUGGUACAUCGCUUCUACUCGAUGAUCUUAGCGAAACAGUUCUACAGCUGGAAAAGGAAUGCGACAAGCACAUAGUAAUAAUAAUCGUUGUUACUAUAGGAAUAGCCUUUAGUGCCAUAACUCUUACUGCUGGUUUAGCUUAUAGAUAUCGAUGGAAAAUACGUUAUAUUUACUAUAUAACAAAAGGCAAAUACACCAAAUUAAAACAUGCAGAGACCAAUAAAAUAUACUUGUAUGACGCAUUUAUUUCGUAUGCCGACAGAGAGCAGAAUUUCAUUAUCAAUGAAUGCAUUCCAAAUCUAGAAGAAAAUGGAAACAAAAAGUUAUGUAUCCAUCAGCGAGACUUUAUUCCUGGUGUGGACAUUACGCUGAAUAUAACGAAUGCCAUUCAUGAUAGCAAGAAAACUAUUUAUAUAAUCACCAGGGCAUUUCUAGAUUCUUAUUACUGUAUGUUUGAAUUCAAUAUGGCGAGAAUGGAAAGUAUUUACUCUAGGAGAGGAGAAAACAUUUUGUUUUUAAUCUUACAUGAACAAAUUCCAUCAAGGGAGCUACCAUUAGUUAUGCUAGAAAUCGUACAAAGACAAUCUUAUAUAGAAUAUCCUAAUGAUGAACAAGGGGACGUCGUGUUCUGGGAUAAGAUUAGAGAAACCUUAACUUAAGGUCAAUUCUAAGUUUUUCACAGAACAAAAACAGAAUAAUGGGAUGAAAACAGAAAACAUGUUUUAUGUCUUUCUGUCUGUGGAAUAAAUAAUCAGGAAAAUCAUCGGAAAAGUUAUGUUAAAAUUAUAAAUAAAAAAAGGGUUGAUAUGCAUGGGAAUCAAUUUAUUAUAAUUACAAUUAUUUGUAUAUUAAAUGUCAAAACGUUG